AUGGCGAAAUCCAAGUCUCGAAAGCGAAAGCAGACGGCCCAGGCCGACCUGCCGAACAAGAUUCUCAAGACCGUCAGCACCAUCACGCCACCUCCCGAUGGCGCGACACAGGAGCCCAAGAGUCUCCAGACCGUCGUUUCGGAGGAGGAACUCGAGAUCACCGUCGAAACCCUGACGGCGCUCGCCCAAUAUCCAAACUUGAUCAAGUCAAAGUUCUGCAAGGAUCUUCGAGUCGCCGCCUACGACUUUCGCCAAGCCUGUGCCACGGGUGUCAACAGCGCUGCAGCAGGAACGAGUCUGACGGCGCGGAUCACAGCUGCACUUACGGAUGGCAAAUAUAUGGAUGCGAGGAUCAUGUUGGCGGAAAUGAGAAUCAGGGGUGAGGAGCCCAAAUUGGGUGCUUUGUGUCGCUGGGUUCGCGACCUCGACAUGAUCAGUGGUCUGUCGACAUUGCCAGCAGGGCAAGGAACGGAAGUUGAAAGAUCAGCGAGCGAACUCGAGAUCCUCAGCGUUAUUGACGGCGUCCUUCGCGUCACAGGGCCUGUUGAUGCAAACAUGGACGCUGCCACGCACCCAACCUCUCCGAUGAUUCUUCAAAAGAUCUGGGAUCUUCGACCCUCGACACCAAGCCUCAAAGUUCGAGCCUCAGUUCUCGAUAAGUCCAUAUUCGACUCGGCAUCACCAAACCUGGCAACAGACCUGCGGGUCAUCGAAGAGACACCAGGGCCCAUGCGAAAGCCCCCAAACCAUCAUCCGGCAAUCCUCUACACAACCGCCCCGAACGCGAUUCCCCUCUCAUCAACACCACAUGCCAUCACCUAUCAUGACCAUCCUACUGUCCCAAACCUUCACCUCGCCACAAAUCUUCUCUCUCCUGAUGAAUGUAAAGCCAUCAUUGCUGCUGGCGAAACCGUCAACUUCUUGCCUGACGCACCUCUGCGGGAGGACGGCGACAUCAGUAUCUUGGCUCACAACUUCUACUGGGUCAUCGAUACUGCGUUCCACGACAUUCUGUGGUCCCGCAUCUCUCCCUACGUACCGUCAGCGGUAAAUGGGCGUCUGGCCCGCGGAUUGAACAGAAGAUUCCGCGUCUAUCGCUACGUCCCGGGCGCUGAAUAUCGCACACAUAUCGAUGGGGCCUGGCCUCCGUCGGGCAUCCUUGCUGAUGAUACGUACGUGUACGACGCAUCGCCUCAGGAGAAGAAGCAGAGCUCGCUCUUCACCUUCCUUAUCUACCUCAAUGAUGAUUUCGAAGGCGGUGAGACGACCUUCUUUAUGCCGGCGCAGCGAGAGGGCACGCUCAAUGCUUAUCCUGUGAAGCCAGUGAUGGGCGGUGUAGCAAUUUUCCCUCACGGCGAGACGCGGGGGGCGCUGCUUCAUGAAGGAACGGGCGUGAGGAAUGGCGCCAAGUAUGUGAUCAGAACGGACGUUGAAUAUGAUGUUGAGCCUUCGGCUUAG